CGAGUCUCCGCUCGGUGCGCUGCCGAGGAGUCGCUUGGGCGGACGAAGCAGACCGCGCACGCCGAGGACACUGCCAUUACUUUAAAAUAUGAAUGUAUAUUAGUUUUUUUUUCUUCUGUGUUGUGAUUUAUGGAAGCGUCCGGUUUUAUUCCGCCUUUGAAUCCGCUGUUUUAGUCCGGAUUAAAGCCCGCGCUGUUGGCCAGAAGAGUCGACCUACACUUUUGAUUCAUGGGCUCAGCGCGGACUUGGGGUUGAAAACGUCUCCGUCAAGCGGCUGACACGGAAUUGACUUCAUUCAUUUAACAUCCAGAUUUCGGGCCGUGAAGCUGCCUCUGGACAGUAUGGGCGCCCUGAAGAUCGUGCUGUUGAUCUUUGAGGCCGUUUUACUCACUGACUGCGCGAGAGGACCUCCGAGGGUGUCUGAAAAGGUCGCUCACAGACAGAUGGCCCGGCUCGGGAGCGCCAUCAAGCUGCCGUGUCCAGUGGACGGGGACCCUCCCCCCCUCAUCAUGUGGACCAAAGACGGGCGCAACAUCCACAGCGGCUGGAUCCGUUUCCGUAUCCUCCGCAUGGGCCUGAAGAUCAAGGAGGUGGAGGCGGAUGACACGGGGACCUACAUCUGCAAAGCCACCAACGGCUUCGGCAGCGUCAACAUCAACUUCACCCUCAUUGUCAUCGAUGACUCGGGUGCUGAUAAAACUGGAGCCGGGGCGGCGGAUGGAGCGGAGUCCGACUCGACCACCGUUGGCUCGUCGGAUAUAUUCGUGCGCCCGCGCUUCACCCAGCCGGCCAAGAUGAGAAAACGGGUGAUAGCUCGGCCCGUCGGCAGCUCGGUGCGGCUCAAAUGCACGGCCGGCGGGAACCCUCGGCCGGACAUCGUCUGGCUGAAGGACGACAGGCCGCUGACGGAGAAGGAGGUCGGCGAGGGCCGUCAGAAGAAGUGGACCCUGAGCCUGAAGGGCCUGACGCCAGAGCACAGCGGCAGAUACACCUGCAAAGUCUCUAAUCGCGCCGGGGAAAUCAACGCGACGUAUAAAGUUGAGGUCAUACAGAGGACAAACUCCAGACCCGUCCUGACCGGCACUCACCCGGUCAACACGACGGUGGACUACGGGGGCACCACGUCGUUUCAGUGCAAAGUGCGGAGCGACGUUAAGCCCGUCAUUCAGUGGCUGAAGCGCGUGGAGCCUGAAGAGGAGAGCCGCUACAACUCCACCAUCGAGGUGGGAGACCACCGCUUCAUGGUGCUGCCCAUGGGGGAGGUGUGGUCGCGGCCCGACGGCUCCUACCUCAACAAGCUGCUCAUCACGCGCGCCAAGGAGGACGACGGCGGCAUGUACAUCUGCCUGGGCGCCAACACCAUGGGCUACAGCUUCCGCAGCGCCUUCCUCACCGUGCUGCCAGACACAAAGCCUCCCAUGACGCCCGUGUUCUCGCCGACCUCCAGCGCCCUCCCCUGGCCCGUCAUCAUCGGCAUCCCUGCUGGAAUAGUGUUCAUCUUUGGCACGGUGCUGUUGUGGUUUUGCCAGAGCAGAAAGCACUGCCCCCCUCCCGGUGCUCCGGGGGCGGCUGCCGCCCAGGUACUGCAGAGCUCCCACCGGCUGCCGUAUCGAGAGCGGGACAAGGGUGUCGCGGCGGCGGCGGCGUCCUCCAGCUCAUCCAGCCCGGACAGAGACUGCAUGAGCUCCUUGAACUAUGAGGAGUACCUGGCACAGCAGCACCACCACCUCCUCACGCAGGGAGGGCCGACCAUCCCCCCUAAAAUCUACCCCAAAAUCUACAGUGACAUUCACACGCACACCCACUCCCACGUGGACGGGAAAGUACAUCAGCAUCAACACAUUCAUUUUCAGUGUUAGUCCCAGUAUCCCCCUACGAACUCGUCCAGUAUCCCAGAGGGACAAUGAGCUCUGGACUCAGGAGCAUCCCAUGAACAUCAUUCCCCCGGCUCUCCGUAAAGAUUGUUUGGAGAGUGUGCAUGAAGAAAAACGGCCAGUGAUACACACCUUGUUUUUAACAGCCAAACUUCCAUAAUCGGUGCUUCUUUUUUUUUUUUGUCAGAUUCUCACACCACUAAAAUACAUUCAUCCUUGUUGUGCACUUAAUACGAAAAAAGAGAAGGACAUUGUUGUGUUUAAUCAAAGCUAUUCAAGCUGAAAGGUUUAUUUUUCCCCACUUGAGGUGCAGCUGAAAAUGGAGGGGGAGGUUUUACCUUUCACUUAUUCAGCUGUCGGAGCGCAGGGGCUCCGUAUGUUCUGCCCGGUAAUGAGGACAAAAAUGGUCCACAAGAUUUACAAAAGGGCAGCUUUGGUGCCCUACUCAGGUUGUCUUUGUUGAAGAUGCAUAAUGUUUGGAACGCUGACCACUAUCCUUUUCCUGUCUCCAUCCCUCACCGUUGUUCUCUGGUGUAAGAGUAGACCAGUGGGUUAUUACAGCUCUUUUAGUGGCAUGGAAACCUUGCCUGAGAAUCUAAAAGGGAUGGAAUUGCAUUUCCAUGUUAACUGAAUUGGUCUUUUUCAUCAUUUUAACUUCAUGCAGGCAAUAGCAUGUUGAGGACGCCACCUUAUCCAACCAGUUUAUAAAGCUGUAGUCAUUUAUAAUCAAAUUGAUUCUUGGAUAUUUAAUUUAUUUUGCUAAAAGUAUGUAUCAAAAUGUUAUUUUUCAGAGGAGUUUUACACAUCUAUGUAAUGGUAUUAAAGUAUACUGUUGUGAUUAGUA